CCUUCUUGCACCAUCUGAUGUAGGCUAUACAAGUCGAACAAGAAAUAUUUUACGAACUGGGCGCAUGUUCUUACAGGCCAGCCAUAAAGUGACAGUAAUGUUUUCAGACAGAAUGGAAAAACAACCUCUGUUUAUAGAAGCAGAAGGUUUGGACUUUGAUAGAGAGUUCAUGGUUUUGCGCUAUAAGAUGCCAGUGUUUGAUCUUACUUCAGUUGAAUCAUCAGCAAAUCAAAAGUGGAUUGAUUCUAUGAUCUAUCAACCAUAUGCUACACUUUUACAGAUUGUAAGUCCAGUAUGGGAAGAGAAUUUGCGACAUGCAUUGGCAGAUAAAGACAUUUGGACCAAGAUAGCAUCAUCAAAAUUUGAUUUAAUCUUUGCAGAUGAAGUAGUAUUUUUCUCUAGAGUCGUUUCUUCAUAUUUUGACAUACCACUUAUUUUGUACAAUAACUGGGGCCCCAUGUCAUGUGAUGCCAACUUCAUAACAAGAUCUAGUUUGGCAUAUGUUCAUUCUUUUGUUCCCCCAACAUACAGCGAUGAAAUGACAUUUACAGAACGGUUCAUGAAUGUUUUGGAAUAUUGGCAUAUCAAAUGGAUAUGGCAUGGCAUCUAUAUCAAGUUUAACUCUAUCUGCCAAGAACAUGGAUAUGGUGAUGCAUGUGAUAACAUACAAGAUGCAUACAAAACUAUAUCCUUAUACUUAAUGACAAGAACGGAUGCAGUCCAUUAUCCCGCCCCAUAUAUGCCACAUGUCAUAUCGACUGAAGGAUUUUUCUUGGAUUCCAAAAUCAAACCUUUGGAUUCAGCAUAUACUGACAUUAUACAGAAAGCGGGAAAGAAUGGCAUAAUUGUUGUAAGUUUUGGAUCCAUGCUUCGUAGUUUAGAUGACAAAAUGAGAGAAGAUUUUGCAAAAGCCUUUGCAGCAAUGCCCCAGACAGUUAUAUGGAGCUAUGAGGGUCCAGCCCCUAAAGGACUUGGAAACAAUACCAUCGUGAAUAAAUGGAUACCUCAAGAGAGUCUGUUGGCGCAUCCUUCUACAAAAUUAUUUGUGACCCAUUGCGGAGUUUCUGCCACAUUCCAAGCGCUUCACUAUGCAUUGCCAACUGUCGGAGUGCCAUUCUUUUGGAACCAGCCAUUUUACUGCCACAAGCUGACUCACAGAUUGAAGUCUGGGAAAACAGUUUUGUUGACAGAAAUGACAAGCGAAGGCCUGAAGAACGCUAUGGAAGAGGUUAUAUUUUUUUUUUUUUUAUUUAUUUAUUUAUUAGGAUAAAACGCUUUUACAACAGCGGCACUACUAAAAUUUAGUGUGCAUCCAAAGAGACUAAAAUACAUACAUACAAUAGGUUAAAAUCAUUAAAAAUACAUUUCCUUUAAAAAUUCGUAAACACAUUUCUCAAAUUUAUUUAUUUGGUCCUGCCCCCAUGUGCCUAUGUAAAGUGAAUCACCGAUAAUCCAUUGUAGCUUAUCAUUAAGGCUCGCUGAUAAGUAUUCACCUACAAGGGCAACGUCACAUGAAGAGAUUAAAUUGUUAAUGAAUAGGUUUCUUUUAUCCUGGAGGACGGGGCAAAGGAACAGGCGAUGGGACAUAGAGUCAUAAGAAUUGGAGGGGCAUAAUUUACAAAAGCCAUCACUUUUAUUCCACCUUUUAAGGUCUGAUUCUAAUUUAAAGCAACCCGACCUGGCUAAGAAUUUUUGUCUUGCUCCUUGGAAGUUGAAUGGGUUUUUUAGGUACUCUUCUUGAAAGACAUGUCUCUUAACAUUUCUAUAAAGGGAUAGGGAUGGCCGGUCGCAAAUUGAUGAAAACAAUUCCUUAGUAGUAAUUUCGUUGGAAAUAUUGAGAAAGGAUGAGUACCAUUCUUCAGAAUUAACAUUUAAUUUAUUAUCGAGC